AUGACAGCAACAUCGUCUACCCGUUGCGCAAGCCCAUCGUCCUCGCGUUGUCAUAUCGUUGCCCAGUCAGCAGUGAGUUUGCAAGUACGAGCUACUUCGACAUCAGCCAAGAUGUCCAUGGUAGCGCCGGACCCGAAUAAGAACUUCCAACAUAUCUUGCGAUUGCUCAACACCAAUGUCAGCGGUAACAAGAAGAUCAUGUUCGCCUUGACGGAGAUCAAGGGUGUCGGUCGCCGAUACUCCAACGUCGUCCUCAAGAAAGCCGAUAUUGACCUCAACAAGAGGGCUGGAGAGCUCAACUCUGAUGAGCUCGAACGAGUAGUCACGAUCUUGCAAUCGCCUCAAAACUACAAGAUCCCGAUGUGGAUGCUCAACAGACAGAAGGACAUUGUUGAUGGCAAGUACUCGCACAUUGUCUCCAACGCACUCGACUCGAAGUACCGUGAGGAUUCACUUGCAGCUCGAGCGACUGAAGAAGAUCCGCAACCACCGUGGCCUGCGUCACUUCUGGGGUCUCCGUGUGCGUGGUCAGCAUACAAAGACAACCGGUCGUCGUGGAAAGACAGUCGGUGUCUCGAAGAAGAAGGGUUAGAUGACUCGCUCUGUUCGUUGUACGCAUCAUCGAUGCACAUUUGCUCGCAUUCCCCGCCUCCCUUCGCUGUCACGCCGGUCCGCGCGCGUACCAAAGCAACGCCCAUCGAACUCCUCCUCCCAUUUGCCUCGGCAGCAGCCAUCAGUCCGAUCGUGUCUAACGGACGAGGCUGGGAUGUCCUGCCCAGUCAGCCAUGGAUCGAAAUCGUAGCCUCUAAAAUUAUCGAUCCGGAGAAAGGCGAGCGUGGCACGGUCAUGCUGAUUUUGCUCGAGGCAGUCAUCGUAGGCCCAAGUUCGUUUAUGCCUGAUUGGCCGUUCGAUGGCACGUGCUGUCAGGCCAAAACCUCGUACCGUCUUCGCAUCAACCUUGAGACAGGCUCCGUCAGAAAUACCAACACGCUCACAUAUCGCUCCUGCAAGUCAGAGAGCGGGAUGACCCCCGAUCAGCGCUUCCCAGCAUGUCCAAAGAGCUACGUGCCCGAGCCUCCUUUUGUCGCGUUUUGCGAUUGGGCAGCACGUUCGAUGCAAUACCUCACUUGGCCUGUGGGAAAUGCAAAGCGCGAAAGCUACUCGUCGCAGGCUCUGUUUACGUUUCGUGUCGUCUAUAAGAAGGCUUCGUUUGCUUCGGCUCACUUAGCCCUACGAGGACACAGAGCCAAACAACAGUCACCAUGUUCUUCAAGUCCACCAUCGCUUCUGCCCUCGCCUGUCUUAUCAUCGUCGCGUCCGCGUCGCCCGUCACGCCCAACCUUGACGCGCGUCAAACUGUCAGUGAUCAGGCAGGAUCUGCGCUCAAAGGCGCCAAAUUGGUCUGCGGUAGCUGUCCAAAGCAUUGGACAUGUUGCGGCAAUUCAUGCUGCAUCAUCGACUAAGUAG